AUGCACACUGAGAUGGGCGAGCCCGGGGAAGUUUGCUUCGGUGGCGUCUUGGCCAAAGGCUACCACAAGCUGCCAGAGCUGACCGAAGCGAAAUUCGUCUCAACAGAGCAUGGCCGCCUCUAUGUCACUGGAGACUUGGGAAGGUGGAAGGAUGGGGUCCUGGAGGUCAUUGGGCGGAUCGACCGUCAGGUCAAGGUGAACGGAGUGCGUGUGGAGCCCGAGGAAGUCGAAGCUGUGCUUCGUGACUUCCAUGUGGCAACCGAGGCCAACAACUGCAACGUGGCGCCGAAGCCUUCAAACAGCUUGCUUCUGCAAGAUCAUCUCGGAGGUGAUCUGGACAAUGUGGCAGUCCUCGACCGUGCUGUCAACAGGGCUGCCGUUGUCACCACAUCGGAGCCGGCGCAGCUCGUGGCCUUCAUCGAGCCGCGGGAAGGCUGUGAAGUGAAUCUUGAGGACGUCCAGGCACACUGCAGGGCGAAUUUGGCCCCAGCUUACGUGCCGAAGUACAUCCUUCUGCAACCUGCUUUGCCCGCCCUGCCAAACGGGAAAGUCGACUACGCUGCUCUACGAGCCAUGGCCGACGAGCAUGCUCUGCAGACCACAGAGACUGUGCUGGAUUCCCUGGGGCAGAUGCGAUCAAUGUCCAAGUGGGCGGUUCUGGAGAAUGCAGUCAUCCACCGAUGCUAUGCCUUCUGGAUGUUGGGGGUGCUCUUGGACCACUACGCCUUGUGCGCCAUGACCCUUGACCCAAACGACCCGACCAAGACGAAUUCGCAGCCCUUCUGCACAGCGCUGGCAGGGGCGUCGAUCGCUCCGUGGUCGGAGGUCCUGCUUCGCUCCAUCGGCAACGACCAGGAUCUGUUUGGAUUCAUCAUGCUCGGUGCCUACCAGGACUCCCGUCCAGCUGCGCCGAACCAGCCCAAGAAGAAGCUACGGCUGAACUGGAUGGACUUGUACAUCCUCUUCAUCUACUUCUUCAUUGCGCUCCCCUUGCCGCAGCUCUGCAGUUUCGUUACUGGGGGCUGGGCCUUCCCAGACCGCACCUGGCAGUCAAGCAUCGGCACAGAGACCUCUGGCUGGGAUGUAAACUACAUCAAAGGAGCCGAUGUCACAUCUGGUCAUCGCUGGUAUCUGCUAAUGGUCUUGCAGGCGAAGCUCUACGUGGUGCUUUGCGAUGCAAUUCGGAUCCCGCCGUGGGUCCAAGUUGUCUUCGCCAUCUGGUGCAGCUACUCUGGCCCAGUCUUCUGGGGAAACACGUGCGGCGACAGUGUGAGCCCCAGCCUGACCUUUGGCCUGACUUGGCUCCUUGACGGCUGCUGGGUGUGGAUCCGCUGGGUGGAGUGGUAUGCAGCCUUCUAUGUGUUCUGCCUUCACUAUCUGCGGCCUAUCGUCCAGUGGAUGUCCAAAGUUGUGCCUCACGGGCCAGUCUGGGCCGCCUCCGCCACAGCUAGCAGCAUGCUGAUGGGCAUGGCAAUGGCGAUGUACCACUAUCCGAACGAGAUGCUCGAAACGGGCGGCGACGGUAAACUCGCAGCGCUCGAGCUUGUGGUUACUGCGCUGCAGCCGGGGCUCUUUGCUUUAGGGACGACGUACUGGCCAUUGGAUGCGAGCUGGUGGGGAAAUACGACACUGGGCUGCUACGUCAUCCACUUUGUUUUCCGAGAUCGCAUGACCGAACUUUUCCAGGUCCUCAGUCGAUUCCUCGCUUGGGAUUCGAGUGGACUUCUGCUCCCUGCUUCCAUCCUGGCAUGCUGCCUGGGCUUCACCAGCACCGUGGGACCUCUUGGGCACUACGUGCUCAUUUUGCCGCAGCUGGUCUUCGGGUACCUUCGACGCCGUCAUUGGACAGGGAAACACACUUUGUACAAGAAGUGA